AUGGCUCAGAGUUUCGAAGGCAAGAAAGUUCUCAUCACUGGUGCAGGAAGUGGUAUAGGGCGGGCUACAGCAAAAACGCUCGAUGGCCUCGGUGCAACCCUGAUCCUCUGCGACAUCAGCACCGAUUUCCUCGAGCAGGUCAAAACCGACCUGGAGGAAAGUGGUUCGUCCCAGCCCAAGCAUGUCUACCAGAAGUGUGACGUAUCCUCGCCAGCAGACUGCGAGGCCGUCGUCAAGUCUAUCCCUACCAGCACUGGAGCAGAGCCCAAACUGGACUGUCUUUUCAACUGCGCCGGGAUCAACCCGACCAAUAUCCCCAUCACAGAGACGACAGACUCCUAUUUCACCCGCCUGAUGGAGGUCAAUGUUCGCGGGACCUUCAAUAUGAGCCGCGCCUGUGUUCCGCUUCUCUCUGGGCAGUCCUCCAUUGUCAACGUCGCGAGUAAUUGUGGGCUUCGUGGAUACUCGGGCUACACGGUGUACUGUGCGACGAAACACGCCAUCGUGGGGUUCACCAAGGCUCUUGCGUUGGAGCUCGGACCGCGGGGUAUUAGAGUUAAUGCGGUUGCCCCAGGAUAUACGGAUACGCCAACCAUGGCCGGAAAUGUUGAGGGCGGGGAUGCAAAUCAGCGACUAAUUAGCGGGCUCGCUCUGGGGAGGUUGGGACAGCCGUCGGAGGUGGCGGAUGUUGUCGCAUUUUUGUUCAGCCCGCAGAGUUCGUAUAUGACUGGUAGUGUGGUGGAGGUAACUGGAGGGCUGAAGUGA